AUGACAAAUGUUACAGCAGUGCUGGAAUUCAAGCUACUGGGCUUCAGCUGCAACCCAAACUGUCAGAUCUUGCUAUUCAUGGCAGCCAUGGUUAUUUAUAUUCUCAUCAUCUUAGAAAACACCAUUAUUAUAUUGGUGGUGACACUGGAGCCAAAACUUCAUUCACCCAUGUUCAGAUUUCUCCAGAACCUCUCUUUCCUGGAAGUCUGUUACACCACUACAAUUGUACCUAAGAUGCUGUUCAAUCUGCUGGCAAAGAGGAAGAACAUCUCUUUCUCAGGAUGCAUGGCACAGCUGUACUAUUUUGUUUCCCUGGGAGCUACUGAAUGCUAUCUCUUGGCAGUGAUGGCAUAUGACUGAUUCCUCGCAGUCUGUCAGCCCCUGCAGUACAGUGUGGUCAUGACUGAUGAGUCCUACAUGCGUCUGGCUGUGGGUUCCUGGGUCACUGGUGUUUUCACUGGUUUUCUGCCCUGUCUAAUGAUCUCCAAGUUGCAUUUUUGCAGCUACAACCUCAUUGAUCACUACUUCUGCAAUAUCGCUCCACUGCUGAAGCUCUCAUGCUCAGAUAUCACUGUCACAGAAGCUGUCAUCUUUGUGCUCUCUCUCCUGGUCCUUUCCAGCUGCUUUCUUUUGACCGUAGUUUCAUACCUCCUUAUAAUCCUUACUAUUCUAAACAUACCCUCUGCUUCUGGAAAAAGAGUAACCUUCUCCACCUGCAGCUCACACCUCAUGGUGGUGACUAUAUGCUAUGGUACAAUGACUUUCAUGUAUGUCCGUCCCACCUACAACCUCUCCUCAGACCUCAGUAAAGCUGUUGCUGUGCUCUACACCAUGAUUACACCCCUUCUGAACCCAUUCAUCUACAGCUUGAGAAACAAGGCAUUCCAGAAGGCCUUGGAAAAAACACUCUUCAGACACCAUCGUCUUCAUUCUUCAUAA